UCUAACGUGGAGCGGCAGCAUGCCAUUAUAGAAUACAAUGAGGCAGAGGGUUGUUUUGUGGUUCAAGAUCUAAACUCAGCUCAUGGUACUUAUGUAAAUGAUUGUCGUGUACAGAAUGCAGCUGUGAGACUUGCCUCCGGUGAUGUAAUAAGGUUUGGAUUUGGUAUCCUUUUAAAAAUGACAACAACAGUAAAAGAAAGUGUGUGGUGAGUGUAGUCCUAAUUAAUGCCCCAAUAUGACUCAGCUGUUGACAGUGACUGACGUUUCGACAACCUUAAAUCAUAGUCAGAGUUGAAGUGAGUUGUAUCUUUUCAGUUGAUGAUAUGUGGUAUUUUGCUCAAAUUAUAUAGUUAUAUGAAUUUACAGUGUAUACCUUGUAUUUGAUUACACAACUUCCUUAACAUGCAUACAACUAAACAGGAAAUGCAGGUUUUGAAUUUCUUGUUGAUUCAUCCUCAACACUUCAUUACCCAUCCUUGGGUCUUUCUAAGCCAUGGGAAUCAUACAGACUCCGCAUUCUGUCAUCACCAAUGGCAACAUUACCAUCAGGUGGAGUCACCUCCCUUCCUUAUAUCAACACUGUGACACCAGUGAGUACUGAUGGUGCACCACUGUAUACAACCACUGAACCAGUCAGUUUGCCUGGGACUGGUGGCUCAGUAUUAGAAGUAAGAGGCCCAUCUGAUCCAAAGGUU